AUGGCGUCGCUUUAUUCGUGCGCGGCGAACGUCGUGGAUAAAGUUAUCAAGAAACAGGGCACAGCAAAAUCCUUGGCUAUCAACAGUCCAUUCCCUAGAAAGAAGAAACUUUAUGCUCUGGUGUGUGAAACGUUGAAGUGUAAGUGUGAUGUUAUAUAGUGAUGGGGUGCAGACAGAUAUAUAAAACAUCUCCCCGCCGCCGGAUCCAUAGCGCCAGACCACUGGAAAACACAUGAGGUCUUGGAGUGUAUGCUUGAUUGAAAAGAAGCUUGCCUUACAAACGACAUUACUGUAAAAUUCGUUGUUUAGGCGUGAACUCCUCAGAACAUCCAAAUACUUUCAUCGUAUUUCCAGUUGCUGUUGUUGUGAACAAUAAAUUGUAAAUAGAGUGAUGAAUAUUUUGCCCUCUUCAUCAAUUUCUGCCACGUUAUGGGCUUAAUUUUAGAAAACCUCCUCUAAAUGGUCAACCUCCACUAAACAGUCACCUGGCUAUUUCCCAAGGGUGGCCGCUUAAUAGAGGUUUGACUGUAUUUUAUUCAAAAACACACUUAAUCUGAAAGGUCACAAAUGUCAUUUACUAAUUUUUAAUUCUCUAGAUAAAGGAAUUCUUGAAGAAAUAUUCAAAGAAACAAAGCUGUUAAAACUUGAAAAAAAGGUGAGACUGCAUGACCACCUAAAAUGCAAAGAUUUAGUGAUCAGUUUGUUCUAAUGGACGCAAUUGCCUGCUGGAACUAAACCACCACAGGGAGUCUCCUCCUACAGCCUGGGGCGUAGCCAGGCCUUAGGGCGUAGGCCUGACUCUACAAAUUUUUUGGUUUUAUCACUCUGCCACUUGUAAAAAAUUAUGCGUUGUGUUAGCCUGCGCGCGGACGAAAUUAAACUCUGGUUAACUAAUCAGAGUUUAGUUAUUGUCUGCACGCAGGCUAGCGUUGUGUGGGUCAGCUAAAAAAAUGAGCUUAAUUUAUUUCCCCCUGGUCCAAAAUCAGCAAAUUUACCUUGUUCAAAUGAAAAGAAUCAUAUAUUAGCAUGUAUCUACAGCAGCAUGGAAAACUAUACCUCUUUUGAAACAGGGUUCAUACAGGUCAGGGAAAACCUGGAAAGUCAUGGAAUUUAAGCAUUUCAUUUUCCAGGCCUGGAAAGUCAAGGAAUUUAAUUGUUGGUCUUGGAAGGUCAUGGAAUUUUAAAGUUUUGUUUGAUAGAUAAGUUACUGCAGAUGACAAGCGGCACACAUUUUGGUGGACACCAGAGUCUGUACUGUUUGUUGAACUGUUUAAUGUGCAAAUAUACCAUGAAACAAGGAAAGUUUUUAAAAUUUUUGAAAGUGAUAGCUAAACCUAAGGUCUUAAAAAGCUUUAAAAAAGUCAUGGAAAGUGAUGGUAUAUGGAUCAUAUGUAAGUAAUACCUUUGAGCAUAUUUUUGUUUCACAUGCCAAGAGAAGGUGUGUGAAACAAAAGCUGAAAAAGGCUUCUGCUUUUGAAAGCUAUUAAAGCGUUGAACCACUCUAGCCUUAAGAUGUAGAGACCAUGAUGUAGCUCCUUUAAAUGUUUUCAAUUGCAUUUUUUCAGACAUUACUAGGCAGAUCUGUAAAAAUGCAUUAUUAUAGUACAUGUCCAAUUUUCUUGUCUCCUCUUAGCUGAGACACAACUAUGCCUUGGUGCUGGUCUAUGAUUUCCUGUUUGGGCAAGGUAUUCAAGGUGGUGGAGAAUUCAAACAGUGUAUCUUAAAAAACAAGUCUGUAUUGCAGUCAUGUUUGGCUCGUAUGAAAGUUCGCGCCAAAGUCCACAGAAAUGAGGACCUUUUACCCAAGAAGGCUCAUGAAGCAGGUUGGAAUUUGAAUGCCUAAAGGAGGGGUAGUGUACUACAGCUAUAGCUCUAGUGAUUUCACUAAUACAUGAAUUAAAGUUUCUGAAUAUUUUGCUGCUAUUGUUGUGUUAUUGUCAAAGCUGUCCUCCAAGGAAAGUUGAAGGGAGCCCAUACAGUGCUCUGAACCUGUGAAAUCCUGGUUGACCAGCAUUAUAAUUUGUACAAUUUUCAAGUUGCCUGGGAGCUAAAAUUAUGCACUACUGCACUACGAGCCACCAGGCUUUGCUAGAGCACAGCCUUGAUUAUUAUGAUUAUUAUUUUAUCAUAAUAUUAUUAGUAAUUGUUUUGUUUUGUAUAGUGAAGGUGCACUUAUCUUUUCUAGCUUAAUUACCAGUUGCAAAAAUACAUGUACUUGAGACAAUGUACCUUAUUUUUGCCUAGAUGGUCUUUCCAUAAUCCUGUUUUUGGGAUCCACCUUAUUGUUACUACUACAGUUCUAAGGCAGAGAGAGAGAAUUGGCUCCUUUGUGACUCUAGGACUUUACAAAUGUAUCCCUGCCAAUAAUUAUCACAUAUUAAAUGUCCUUCUCCCCGUACAUAUAGCAGUUAAUAUUUUUAGAAGAGGCUGUGUGAUAAAAAGCAAUCUGGAGAUUGAAGAGGCUAUAACACCCCCUGAAAAAAACCAAGAGGCAGGAGGCAACAAAUUUGCUUUUUACAAGCGUGACUGAUGAUUCAAACCAAGGACAUAAUCAUUAGAGUAACUUAUUUUGCAGAAAAUUAAUUCAGAAAGGAGGCAAUAUGCAACACCAAGAAAUGAAGAAACCCCCUAACUAGUGAUCUAAUAAAUAUUAUGUUGCUUCAGGUUCUAUUCCACGUUACAUCAGAAUCAACAGGAUUAAGACAUCAGUAGAGGAAGUAAUCAAACAUUUUGAACAAAAUGAUUACCAGCAGGUUCAGUUAGAUGGAGUUGAUGCAUUUAUUCAAAAGGUUAGUACAUUUUUUAGGGUAAUUUGCAAGAAGUAGCAGCAGGUCCUGACAAUAAUUAACCCUAUAUGUAACAAAGUAAACAAAAAAAUCUAUAAAAUAAACAGUGUAUCGAUCAUUGAAGCCAACAUUAAUGCUUACUUUUCACUUAGGGCAAAAUGUUGACUUAGGGGAGGGGUAGGUGGGCAGUUUCCCAGAAACGUAUCCUGAUGGGCAGUGUAUUAUAAGAAUAUGUCAUGCUGUGUUUUUCUAAGGGGUUUGACUACUCCCUAAUGAGAAGAUGGUACAAAUAAUGUAACAUAAUCUGGGAUAAAGUGCUAUUUUUUCUAUUUGCAUUUUCUGUCCCCAGAGCAAGGAGUCAACUGCUAGUAAACAGUUCAUGUGUGAUGUACAUCUGCCAGACGUUCUUAUUUUCCCUCCUGGAACAGAUCUCCAUAACCAUCCUCUUUACGUCAGUGGACUUAUCUUUCUUCAGGACAAGGUGAGGAGUGGAUUGGCACUUUUACACCCUGCGAGUGUGUCCAAGCUCAGAAACAUACAGUAAAAUUUAUUGCCUUGCCUUUCAUAAUCUCAUUGGUCAUUUCACAUCAUAGUUGUGAAAAGAAAAUACAUGUGAAACAUGUAUUACAUUCACAGUUGAAGCAUUUGACAACUCUUUUUUUUUUAUUUGUUGUUAUUACAAUUCAGGCCAGCUGUCUCCCAGCACAUGUUCUAGACCCACCCGCUGGAUCUCAUGUCAUUGAUGCUUGUGCAGCUCCUGGCAACAAAAGCAGUCAUUUAGCUAGCUUAAUGAACAAUCAAGGGUAUGUCACUAUAAUAAUUACAGCAGAACUCAUUUAAAAGGCCAACCCUUUCCAAUUCAUGGUCACAUGACCUAUCUCAUGCUUAUAAAUUAACUCUUAAAAGUGCAAUUUGAUGAUGGUUUGAAAAGCAGAGAAAUACGACAGUAAAAAAUAUUCAGCAAUGGAAAAAUUGCUAGAUCACAUGCCUCGUAGUCUUUGGUUUAUACUUACAAACCCUUAUAAUUUUGCAGGCAUUCCAACACUCUCCAGAAUCUUACUCAGUAGUCUUUUGUGUCAGUUACCUCAAUGAAGUUGCAUUAACAAUGCAUAGUUAAGGUGGCCGUAAGGAGGGUUCUACUGUAUCCAUCUUCUACUGGAAUGUAAUCACCUAAGAUAGCGAGGGUUCUCCAAUACUGCGACAAAUUUAUGCAUGGUAUUAUAUUGUAUUGGCUUCACACUACCAUAUUGUACAAAAGCAUAACAAUAAAGAACGAAGCAAGACAAUGAGAAAUUUAACAAAGCCAUACAUAAAUUUUGCAGAGUAUUGGACAAGUAUGAAGAUAGCCUCGAAUGUGGGAAAGGAACGCGUGACAAAGUCCUUAAAACGUCUGCUCGGUGGCUACACCCAAGAUUGCAUACUGAAGGGCAUUUGGUUGCGCUGGCAAAUUCCUAAGGAAUCCACAAAUAAUCAGCGUCAAAAUUUGUUUCGACACUUUGCCUUGAAGAGUCUCUCUGACAUUUUGCCUUCCCUCUCCCACUCCCUUCAUGCAAUGUGACUGUUGUCCGGCUUUUCGAGCUACCUAUAGAGAAAACAAACACCCCAACUUUGAAUGGAGGGGAGGGGGGAGGGGUGUGGCUUGUUUGCUCUUCGAAGUUACCCCAUUCGAGUACAAUUUUUAUUAUUGUCUCAACAAUUAAGUUGCUGAUUGCAGCGAGAUGGUCAAGGAUGUACUGGGCCUCUUGCGUGAACAUUCAGCGAUUCAAUUAGUCUGCAAAGAAAUUGCACAUGUAUAAAGGAAACGAAAAAUGUGUUUAACAUAUUCCUUUCCUUUUUUUGUUUUGGACAGAAAUAUAUUUUCAUUUGACACCAACAGAAAGAGGCUGGCAGUGAUGCAAAGGCUGAUGAAGAUAGCUGGUGCUAGCUGCGUUACAACAUCAAACUGUAGUUUUUUAGAGGUUGGUGUCACAGAAAGUCUUCUAAAUAAGUAAUAACCUUGAUUUCCAGUUCUCGUGGCUUAAACACAAGGAUUACAGACCUGCAGACCCCAUGGUCUGUGAUACAAGAAGAGUCAGUUUUGUUAAGAUCAUACAUCAAUAAAGCCUAUCAUACAAUCAUCAUCAUCAUCAUCAUCAUCAUCAUCACCAUCAUCAUUAUUGUCCUCAUCAACUAGAUAAAUUUAUGUGUUUUUUUUAAACUCCAUUAUUUUUGUUUCUUACUAGGUAGAUCCUGUAGAUGAGAAGUAUAGCAAGGUAGAAUACAUUGUUGUGGAUCCCUCGUGUAGCGGGUCUGGUAUUGUUAGCAGAAUGGACAACCUUGUUGAUGAGGAUCAAGCCACUGAAGACAAAAUGGUGAGACUGGCCACCGGGGCCUGGCCAGUGAGAAAUUUUCCAAUGGCAGACAGAAACAAUAACUGAGUACGAAUGCCCAACUGCUUGAAAAAUAUCCAAACCUUAAUUUAGAAUCUGAGCGUGUUUAGAGACUAGGGAAGUCAGUGUCAGUGGUGGGCCUUUAGAAAUCGUUCAAACAGGAGAGCUUGAUACGGGUUGGAUCUGUCUCUCUCAAGUUUAAGAUUUUCAAGAGUGUGGAUUUCCACGUCUUUGUGUUUGAGCCAAAAAGAACAGUCAAAUUUAUCGAAUGUAGUAAAGUUUUCUGAAAAAAAAAGGCUUAAUUUUUAGAUUAGGCAUUCGUGUUCAAUCCUCUGCUCCUUAGAGCGUGGCUAAUUGUCCGAGUUCUCGCUUUUGUCUUUGAGACUUUGAGACUUUGACCUCCUGCGAUAUGAUUUUAACAGACACUUAACGUUGCUGCUUUUAAACCAGAUGUACGAAUUAAAUACUGAUCAGUUUGAGUGGGAACNAUCAUCAUCAUCAUCAUCAUCAUCAUCAUCACCAUCAUCAUUAUUGUCCUCAUCAACUAGAUAAAUUUAUAUGUUUUUUUUAAACUCCAUUAUUUUUGUUUCUUACUAGGUAGAUCCUGUAGAUGAGAAGUAUAGCAAGGUAGAAUACAUUGUUGUGGAUCCCUCGUGUAGCGGGUCUGGUAUUGUUAGCAGAAUGGACAACCUUGUUGAGGAGGAUCAAGCCACUGAAGACAAAAUGGUGAGACUGGCCACCGGGGGCCUGGCUAGUGAGAAAUUUUCCAAUGGCAGACAGAAACAAUAACUGAGUACGAAUGCCCAACUGCUUGAAAAAUAUACAAACCUUAAUUUAGAAUCUGAGCGUCUUUAGAGACUAGGGAAGUCAGUGUCAGUGGUGGACCUUUAGAAAUCGUUCAAACAGGAGAGCUUGAUACGGGUUGGAUCUGUCUCUCUCAAGUUUAAGAUUUUCAAGAGUGUGCAUUUCCACGUCUUUGUGCUUGAGCCAAAAAGAACAGUCAAAUUUAUCGAAUGUAGUAAAGUUUUCUGAAAAAAAAAAAAGGCUUAAUUUUUAGAUUAGGCAUUCGUGUUCAAUCCUCUGCUCCUUAGAGCGUGGCUAAUUGUCCGAGUUCUCGCUUUUGUCUUUGAGACUUUGAGACUUUGACCUCCAGCGUUAUGAUUUUAACAGACACUUAACGUUGCUGCUUUUAAACCAGAUGUACGAAUUAAAUACUGAUCAGUUUGAGUGGGAGCCACUUUGACCCAGUCAUUUCGCCCCAAGUAAGGGAAUCCAAGACAGUCUUGGAUUCUGGAUUCUACGCCGUGAAUUCCGGAUUCCAGGUACUGGAUUCCGAAUUCUUUGCCAGUGUAACUUUGAUUCCGGAUUCCAAUCGUUAGUGGAAUUGUAAAUUCCGUGAGCUGUAUUCUGGAUUCCAAAGCUUGGGAUUCCGGAUUUCUUAAGCAAAAUUUUUCCGGAUUCCGGAAUCCGAAUUCCCUUACAUGAGGUGUUGUGAACUAUUUGCUUGUUGAGUGAGUCUCCUGUUUCUUUCAGAGACUAAGUUUACUUUUCGUUCUGUUCGCAGAAUAGACUUGAAUCACUUGCCAAGUUUCAGUUGUCAGUAUUGAAUCACGCCCUUUCAUUUCCUUUUGUAAAGAGGGUGGUGUAUUCCACUUGUUCUGUUCAUCAAAAGGUA